CGGUGCUAACCGCGGCAGCGCGGCUGCGGGCGGGCGCUGCCUGGCGCCGUCGCAGGCUGAUGACGCGGGUGGUCGGUGCGGCGGUUCCCGGUGUCGCGGUUCCCGCUGUCGUCGCUCCCGGUGCGAUGGGAUUGCGCGCCCCGCGCUGAUGGCGGCCCGCCAGACACCGCACGGCUCCGCGCCGGGGCCCAGGGUGGAUGAGUUCACCGUCCCCGCCGAGAAGAGCCGCCUCCUGGAGCGCAGCCGGGGCCGCAUCGAGGGUUUGUUCGAGGUGCGGCUGGCCGUGCUGGGGGCGCAGACUGACUGGCGGCCGGCGCUGCCGCCGCCCAACGCCAGUGCCAGGAUCUGGGUGCAGCUGGCGGGCUGCACGAAGGCCGUGGGCAGCGCCAAGGAGUACAUCAAGGGACUGUGUGAACCUGAACUAGAAGAAAAGGAGUACUACCCAAAGGACAUGCACUGCAUCUUUGUUGGUGCACAGAGCCUGUUUCUCAACAGUCUUAUUCAGGAUACCUGUGCUGAUGUAACAGUGCUGGAAAUGGGAUUGCUCAGUAUUAAGGGGGGUGCAGAAGCUGUUGUUAUGGCUCAAAGUCAUGUGCAGCAGUUCGUGAAGCUUUUUGAAAAUAAUGAAAGCUUAUUAAAUGACAAUGAAUCAGAGAUUAAAAAGCAGUUCAGACAAUUUGUGGAAGCACAUGCAGAUAAGUAUACAAUGGAUUUACUGAUUUUGCCUAGUGCACUAAAAAGAGAACUCUUAGCUCUCACCCAAGCUGAUGCUUGUGAAGGGGAGAGUGAUAUCAUAGAUCUCACAGGUUCUGAAAGCCCUCAAGUGCUUGGACAGAAUAGCACCUCCAAAGUUGUUGCUGCAAACAGAGAUGGAAGGGCAGAUGGGGAGGAAGCAAGAAGCAAUGCUGGCACACCUGUCACUGAGCUUACAAAGCAAAUGGACACUGUAUUCUCUGAUACUCCUGAAACAAGGUUUGUUCCUGUAAAGGACCCUCUGUUAGAGGCAGUGGCCUUUAAAGAGAGGCACUCAUGUAAAAGAAGGUCUUCUGAUGAGGAGGAAAGGCUCCCUAAAAAGCAUUUCUCUUUGGAAAAUGAUCAGCAAGUGAAAUCUGCUUUACACAAGAAUCCUUCAGAUACUGAUGCAGUUAUUGAUCUGGUUUUGGAUAGCUGCAAUGAAUCAGAUGGUUCUACUUACUGUCUUAAAGAAGGUGAUGCUCUCACUGAGGAAAUGGAAUAUAAGAUUCUUGUGAACUUUUUCAGAACAAUGGGAUAUUCCCAAAAUAUUGUAGAAAAAGUUAUUGGUAUCCUGGGACAAUCUGUAGAACCACUAAUAUUGCUAGAAGAAAUUGAAAAGGAAAAUUUAAAGUUUAAAAAAGAACAUGAACAGUCAUCUCAAAAGCCUAGAACUAUCAAUCUUCCUCUAGGAAAUAAUGUAAGUAAUUCACAAAAGCUAGAAGACAGAGGGAUUUCUAGGAAUAAAAGUCCACUUAAAUCUGGUCAUACUUCAAAGGAGACAAAAAAUGAGUAUCACAAAGUAAGAGGUGCUCCAGACACGCAAGUUGGUGCAGAAGAUAAAAUGCAUAGAUUGGUAUACCAAUCUGCUUCCCCUCCCAGCAAAAAUUCAGUUCUAUGCUAUAAACAGAGAGAUGUUUAUGGUCCUGGUAAGAGUCACAGCUCAAGGUCAAGCAGUAUGGAAACUGAUGGUGGGGUAACUUUCAGCACUGUGCAAGCUGGAGCUCUAAAAGAUGUUGACUUUGUAGCCAGAGGGAGCUCAGAUGUGCAGUGUAUCUCAAGUAAAAGUAAAACUGCAUUUCAGCAACAAUCUGCAGGGCCCUCAACUGUACAAAACAGCCACCCUAGUUCUGAGCAGCAGCUGGGACCCUGCAGCUCUGCUCAAGCGAGGCCUCUCCACCAGCGCCUUUCCCAAACCUCACAUUGUGACAACCCUGUCCCAGACCAGUUACUGUCUUCACAAAAACAUCCUUCGAAUCCAGACAGAGAUACAGUGGGACCACAUCCAGAUCAUUCAGUUACUGGAGUUCAAAGAUUUUUGGACUCUCUGAAGAAGCCAUACAGACUGGAGUUGAUAAAUGAACCUGGAAAACCAUAUUUAAAACAUAUAAUUAUUGAUGGAAGCAAUGUUGCAAUUUCUCACGGUCUAAGGAAAUUCUUCUCCUGUCGAGGAAUUGCAAUAGCUGUUGACUACUUUUGGAAACGUGGCCACAGAAAUAUUACUGUAUUCGUUCCACAGUGGAGAACAAGACGUGACCCUUCCAUUACGGAGCAGAAUUUCUUAACACAACUCGAGGAUGUUGGAAUAUUGUCUUUAACCCCUGCAAGGAUGGUCUUAGGAGCAAGAAUUGCUUCUCAUGAUGACAGGUUUUUAUUACACCUUGCUGUUAAAACUGGAGGUGUUAUUGUGACUAAUGAUAACUUCAGAGAAUUUGUGACAGAAUCAUUUGCCUGGAGAGAAAUUAUUCAAAAGAGGUUGCUCCAGUACACUUUUGCUGGUGACAUAUUUAUGGUUCCUGAUGAUCCUUUGGGAAGAAAUGGACCCAGAUUAGAUGACUUCCUUCGAAGUGAAGGCUGUUCUAGAGAUUCUUGGUCAACACAAAAGGCUUUACAGAGCAGUGGACAAUAUUCUUCUGAGACCAGUAGCAGUCAACAGCCUGGAGGCAAAGUGCACGAUUCAUCCCCAUGGCUUCCAUGGGAAGAAAACACAGAGCCUCGUCCAGCAAUUCCACCACAGAGAUCUGCCUCAGAAACAGUCCAGCUAAGAGAAGCCCUGAUUAAAAUUUUUCCUGACUAUGAUCAAAGACAGAAGAUUGAUCAAAUACUAGCUAAUCAUCCAUUCAUGAGAGAUCUUAAUGCACUGUCUGCCAUGGUGCUUGACUGAAUGCUAUACACAGCUUUUAUAUCAUAACUGCUCUGACUAAUGAUUAUCAAUGUGAAGAAAAAUGUUGCUCUUUUAUGUUACUUUAUGAAUAUUAAAACCCCAAUUUUAUUUGUAUAAACAAAGAUAUUUUUGUGUAUAUUCUGUUGCUAAUAGAUGCCAGGUUUUGGUAAAUUAAAAACUACUGCUACUAAAGAUUUGUAGUAAUAUUUUCUAUGAAAAAAAACAAAACCAAAUCUUCUGCUUAACUUGAAUUGCUUAUUAAAGCAGUAGCAGUACUCCCUUUUGAGUAGUGUGUUAGUACUGUUUACAAAACCCUUUUCCUGGAAGGCAGAAUUCCUGUCAGUUGGAGACCCGUGUGUGGGAGCAGCUGCCAGCAGGUGGCGGCCAUGGGCCCGUGAGAAUCCCCUGGAAGGGCGUGAAAAUCCAUUUGCUCUUUUAGGCUGCAAAUGCUGUGCAGAGUAGUUAGAAGAGAAAGUAUAAAUUCACAGCUCUCAUCGGGAGAAAGUGUUUUGAAUGCUUUAAAAGAUCUGAAACCUACACUGGUGUUUAAAUUGGAAAUUAUCUUGACCAUCAGUACUCCUUCAGAAUAGUUUUAAUAUCUUUAACAAUUGCACUGACACCUGUUUUGUCUUUGCCUUACCUGUUCUAAGUGUGAAUGGUGUGGUGUUAACAGAAUGUGAUGCUGUCUAUAGAAAUGGCUGGUUUGUGCAGAGAUACAGCUGCAGUCAGCUCUACCCCUUUAGAUCUGUUCUGGGAUCUACCCCAAAAGUGAGGGGUGAGAAAAGGAAGAUAAUUUAUGAAAGCUGACCAAUAGGACCACUUUCAAGAGCAGAGCAAAGUUGAGAGUGCUGUUUUUCUGUAUCUCUGUACAUACUUAAGUCUGUUAUUCCUUCCUUUUUAACCAGUCUCUGGUGCCAGGUGUUCACAUGAGUGAAAUCAAAUUGGACUGUAAAAAAAACGUGGGUUCAACUUCUAAUAUACUGAGCCUUACCCUAAAGCAUGAAUGGCUUUCUCUCCAGUUCCAUGGGCUCUGAAAUCACUCUUUGCUUAAAUGCAAAAGAGCUGAAAUAUGCUGAGGAACUGGGGUUUUUGAAAGACUGUCUUUUUGCAUGGUCCUUUCACAUGUUUUAUGAAGUCAGAAACAGAAGGAAAAGUCUUGCUCUUCCCUUAACACAAGUAACCUGAAAGAGAAUUGUAGCAAGAACAAAAAGCCUUUUAAUAUGUUUCUACAUUCAAACAGACAAAUCUUAAUUAUUUUUUAUUCUGUAUAACUGGGUGGGAAAUUUGCUAGUGGGGGGGCAGAGUCCUUCUAACCAGCACAUGUUUGCCAAGAAGUGGUUCUUACCUAUGAAAUGUUAUGUAAUCUCCAAGUUCCAACCCCAUAAAAACUUAGGCAGGCUCCUAAAGCCUGUUAUCCCCAACUGCAGUUGGUAUCAUUUUAAUAAAUAGUAAGAGAAUAAAUCACCAGCUCCCUCGCACUGCCUGGGGCCUGUGUGCAUGUGUGAACAUGCGCCUUGAAGAACUUGUCUUCCUUAGGUAUAUCCCUAGUUGCAUAUGUUGUUUUCACUUUUUAGGUGCUUAUGUGGGGUAUAAAUAUAUUGUAAUCUUUGUUUCAUAGGAUCAUAGAAAGUGCUGAGUCGGAAGGGAUCCACAAGGAUCAUCAAGUCCAACUCCUGGCUCUGCACAGAACACUUCAACAAUCCCACCCCAUCUCUGAGAGUAUUGUCCAAACACUUCUCGAGCUCUGUCAGGCUUGGGGCUGGGCCCACUUCCCUGGGGAGGCUGUUCGGUGCCCAACCACCCUCUGGGUGAAGAGCCUUUUCCUGAACUAACCUGAAUCCCCCCAACUCAGCUUCAAGUCUCAAGUCCUGUCACAAGAGCAAAGAGAUUGGUACUCUUUCUUCUUUCUCUAUUUCAUUCUCCAGAGUCUGUUUCUGAAGCAUGUCUCAUGCUAUUCAACCUUUGGUUGCUGAAAAACAGGCCUAGAAGCAGUGUUUUGAGUGGAAAAUAACAGGGACUUUCCCUUAUGUGUGAAUGAUUUGGCAUUCCCCUCUCCUUCCCUUUAAAGGGGUAAAGUCCUGAGACUGAUUCCUGGUGUGAGGCCAAGUGCAGGAUAUCUGUGACGAAUGCAACAGUUUACUGUUGAAAGGAGUUUUUCUCUUACAUUUUGAGGGCAUUUAAUGUAAACAGUGUUAUUGCAGUUGUAAACAAGCAAAGCUCAGAUGAGUCCCAGUAGUCGGUGCUAGUGCUGCUGUUUUCCUUCCUGUUUCAGUGCCAUAUUAGGGUAGCUUGUGUUUUGGAAGAGCAUUUCUGAACCAGAGAGAGAGUGCCUGUGAAAGUUCCAUGACAAACAAUGACUCACACAGCGUCUUUCUAAUGCUGGCAGUGUUUCCUUCUGUUUUGCAAGCUUGCAGGCUGUGUUUGAUAUGAAUGCCUUUCUUGCUAGAAUUUUGUGUAGCUGUAUCAAAUGCUAUUUUUAGAUCUGGGCCUGGUUUAUAUUCGGGAUGGCUCUGUUUUAUUGGGAAGGUUGUAUCUCUGCUAUAAUUCAUGUAUAAGACCUGUUAUUUUCAUAAAUGCAGUUUAGAAUAAUAAUGACUUUGCAGAUUCCAAGACCUAAUCUGCUGUCUGAUAUUUGGAGGAGUCUGGUUAUAUAAGUAGGUGUUUCUCUGAUGUGUUCAGUUUCUCUUUUUUAUCACAGAAUGGAAACCCAAGUGCCUUACAACAGUGUAAUUCAUGGUGUUCAGACUAUUCCGAGUGUCCCUGACUGCUACUGUUUGUGCUCAAUUUUGUACAUAAAUCUACCAAUUUUGUAUAUGUUGGUUUGUAGCUCUGGGAAUACAGUGGAAAUACUGCAGUGCUCAAGAAGAUGGUGUAGACAAUUGAUGACUUUUAAAAAUCAGAUGGAUUUUAGAUUUGUACAUUUUUUACCUGUGUAUUUUAUGCAUUUGUUUAGAAUGUGGUUCCAUUGUACUGUUCAAACUCCGCUGAACUGUGUAUGACAAUCCCAAGUUUUUGCUGUCUGCCUUGUGGCUUGCUAAAUUCUGUCAGAUUACAUUAUAUAAUUUUAAAUGGCUAAUUCAAAGGAAGCAUUUUUUAAGAAAUUGGGUUUGAAUGCAUUGGAUCCCCUUUUCAGUCUCCACUUAAGUAUUUUUAACUGUUUCAGGAAUUAUAUUUUAAGUGUACAUAAGAGAACUAAAAUAUUACAUAUUUUUAAUUAAAUGGAAACAACAGUCCAAAGACAUCAGAGUUCUGCUGAAAUAUAUCAAUUUUUAUUUCAUUAUCAUUUGUCACUAAAUAUAGGAAUAAUUUUGAUUCAAAUCCGAAGUCAUGUAUAAUUUUUCUCCCUGGUUGUUGAAUGAGCAUGUGAUAUUCAAGAUAUUGAGUCUUAGUAUUGUUAAUUUUAAGAUAAAACUUUGCUGAGCUAAAUAUUAAGAGUCUGUUCAUCAAAAAUAAAAGGCUGGCUUGCAUGUGUUUGAUAUACAAACACACACACUCUCCCUUCUUAGAAAGAACGUUAAAGGUGAAUCCAAACUCAGUUUGCGCUUCGGUUGUCUAAUUUUUUGGGAUUGUGUGGAUGGUCCAGGUCCGGGCAGGGUCCCCGCGGUGACAGGAGGUGGCGCCGCCGGCCGCGCCUCGCCCGGGUGCGCGAUGGGCCCGGCCCGAGCGUGCUCCGGCCCUGGCUGAGGGCACAGCUUCGCUCGGGUUUGUCCUCCCGGUGUUUUAUUGGUGUCCUCACUGCUGUGUGGUAGGUUCCGUUUGCUUCCCGGCUCAGGGACUUUCCUUUGGUUUGCUGGCAGUUUAUGUUUGAUAGGCAAGUGCAAUUGGUGGUAAUAUAUUUACCCUUGAUAUGAGUUCCUUGAAUUCAGAACUGCGGCUGAAAGUCUGCUGUGUGAACAAUUCUGAUCUCCAGGAGUGAACAGUUCUGAUCUCCAGGAGUUAAGAUAUCGGCGCACGAGAAAUUAUAUUCUAAAAACAAAUAAAUAAGAUAAAUUCGGAUGUUCAGAGGUUUUAUUAAAAAUCAGAGAAGGCAUCCCAGAGCCUCCCAUCAGCGCAUGAGGGCUGAGCUGGCUGCCGAGCACUUGGUGAGGGGCAAAGCAGGGUGCAAGGACAGAGGCAGGACCAGCCCUUUCACUGGGGCAGUGACCUGGGAGCACACAGCACUGAACGAUACUGAAACCACUCGCAGGGUGACUCCUUUUCUGUGAGGAGCAUUUCUGCAACCUGAAUCCAAACACACCCAGCUCAAUGGUGUGUUUUGCAGAGAAGGAAAUUGAGAAUAUCUAAAAGGCAGAGCAUGAAUAUCUGGGAAUAUUUUCUGUGAGGAGAAGGAGGAGGUACAUUGUGGUUUAUAAAUACUUUGUGUGGGAGAUCUUCACAGCAGAGGGCCUUGAAUUAAAAGAGGCACAUCAGAGUCUUUUGCCAGAUCUACUGGCGGAACACCAAGAAUAUGGAUAAGGGCAUUCUUGACAUUCUGAAGUGAAGGGGCAUUAAAAUAGUAAUAUUUGGCAUUCAUUGGGAAUAAAUUAAUGUUUUCUGUCACAGUUGUAGCUAUCCAAGGAUUCUCUACAUUAGGAAAAGAAGAACUUGCCAUAUUUUAACUUUUAACCAAAUUUUUAUGCUCUUGGCCUGUAAGUCUAUCAGCUGCUCAUACCUAAUCUAAAGAGAAAUUUCCUGAGCUGAAUGUAACUUAUUGUGAAACAUAUAGUAUCAACACACAGCUUCCCAAUGUUCAAACUUGUUUUCCUUCCAGACUUGAGCCAGGAACAGACUUUUGGGUAAAUGAAUAAGGAGGUAGCACUAGAAAUGAAACAGUUUAAGACAAUGCUAGGCUGAUCAUGAAAUUAAUUUGCAGAGUCUAUAUCAAUUCACUGUGUGCACAUGAUUAUUUUUGUUUAAACCAUUCAAUGCAUUAAUUUUGACUAAAAAUUAUUUAGGGCUCUGAUUCAUAAGCAGUAGACGUUGUAGUGGCCUAAAAUGUUAUUGGGGGUGAUUGCAGGAGAUUCAUUGCAGCUGCCCUUGCUGGAUGCUCUGUGCUGGUUUCUCUGUUGUCGCAGCUGGCACAGUGGUUUAAACUCUUGUAGGUCACGAGUCUGAGCCCUCAGUUCUCUGCUGUCAACAAAAAUGCAGAGAAGAUAAAGAUAUAGUAGCUGGAUUGUUAUCCUUUGUUUUAUAGCAUCCAUCAAAGCCCUACUUUGUAAAUGGAAAUCAAAUUAAGCUUUCCAAUAUUACAGCAGCUAUGAGUCUUCCAAAUGAUGAUGGAUUGAAAUAAUUCAUGCAAAAGCCCAGGAUAUCUCAUCUAUCCCAUCUGGUGGGUUUAGUCUCAGGGCCUUUCAGGGACAUUAUUCAAAUGUUUCUGGUAGGAGGUGAAUGUAAUUGCUGCUUGAGGAGCUAUUUGAGAAGGGAGCUUAUAAUUUCUUUUAAUAUAGUAUUUAAUUAUAUACAAAUAAUAAAGCAGCUUAAAUAACUUUGUAAUGUUUCUGUAAAAAUAUUAUAACCUUUUCUUUCUUUCCUCACUGAUGGGCUCUUGCUUGUCUUUUAUUUGUCUCGUAAUGCACCAAUGGUGAGUGAUGCAUAGUGAAAAGGAUUUAAUGGGAGUCUGCCUUAAAUUGUGAAUAUCUGUCCACUGGUUAAUCAGUGCUGCAGGAGUGGAGACAGAAAUAGAGUGUGUUCUUUUUUCCCCUAUCUAAAGUAUAUGUGACACCUUCUUGUUACUAGGGCUCCUGUUUAGCUGUGGUGGUUAUGGAUUAAAUACUAGUGCUGCAUGCACAUAUUGUCUUCCUCCUAUAAAAUAAGGAGUAGCUUUACUUUGAAAAAGUUUCAUUAGCAUGAUCUCCCCUAAUGCUGUAAACAUACAGAAACACAGGCAAGAUGAAUUUCCCUAAAUUAAAGAGGGCAGGCUGGUGGGCAAGAAGCAGCCUUGUUUGGUAUCAAACAGGAGAGGCUGCGUGCUGUUCUGACACAAUAAAGUCAAUGGUCCUGCACCCUGCUAUGAAAGUGGGGUUCUUUCUAAGUAUGAAAAAUAGAAGUUAUGGACAUUGGUUUCCAGUUUCUUGCUGGGUGAAACAAGCACAAAUCUGUCCAUUAGAAUCUUGUUUCAGGCUAUCUCACGGUUAGUGAAUGCAGGAGGGCUGAUCAGAUAUCGGUGUGCAGAAGGGUAGGGAAUAUGAUCAGCAACAUUCAGAGCCUCUGAAACACACUGGGUGGGUGUAGGGAGCAAGUUCAAUAUCAUGAGUAAAAAACUGACAGUCUAUUUGAAAACUGUGUUUAUAUUUCAGAAAAGACUCUGUGAGUUAUAACAACUUACUAAAGUACCACAGGCAGUGUUACUGCAUCACUCUGUGCAGACUCCAGUUGUGGAAAGGGCUGGGUAUUGAGUCAUAUCCUACUGUAAAGUAGAAGUUCAACAGACUUAAAAUUUUACACUUUCUAACAUUCGAUCUGAAUUAAGAGCCUUUCUGAGAGUUCUGUAUUCUACUAAGUGAUUUGACACUCUAGGCUACUGAACAGUCUUGGAAAUAGGUGCACAUUUUCUGUUAGGUGUAUCUUGGAGGAAAUAAGAUAUAUGUAUAUAUACAUGUGUGUGUGUAUAUGGCACACACUGUCAUGGCUGCAGUGUGUUCUCCUGUGUUCCCCUUUCAACCAGGUUGCUAUAUUGAAGACAUCUGUGAUACCCCACUCCCCCUGGACUCUCAAAGCAAGGCUCUGCAUGACAAGGUCAUUCAGCUCCCAGGUGAACAGAAUAUAUACUGGAAUGAUGGGUAACUGAUAUUAUGGAAACACCUGACAGACCCACCUGAAUUAAGCUUCUGCUAUGCCACAUGAUCUGCAAAUCCAGAGUGAAAGAGAGUCAUGUUUUGGGCUUUUUUCUUGGUUUAACAGGGCAGGUUUUGUUCAAGAAGAUACUCAGAGCUUUACAAGGCACUUAGGGGCCUAAAGAUACAGAAAGGAGCUCUGUGGCAUUUUCAGAAAUGCAUAGGUACAUAAAUACUUCUGAAAGACCACAGUGCUUCAGGUAAAGUGUGGCUUCAGCACUUAAGCACUUACAUUUUUGAAAAGCCCAUAUUUUGUCUUCAUAGAAUAUCACUAAAAUGUGAUACCGCCAGAAAGGAAAUCAGAUGUAGAUUUGCAGUGGGAGGUAAAGGUAUUUUAGGUCCCAUGCCAUUAGCACCAUCUGGAGCAGUGUGUCAUAUGCCACAGGAAAUGCACAACUGCAGCCACGUGCUGUGCAGCAUUUCCACGUAAACUGCCCCAAAGGUGGCUACAGUUUGUUCCAAGAUCUAUGGAACUCUGAGAGUGGAGAAAACCGUGAAACUGUGGACUUGCUAAGCUGGGUGCAGUUCCAGUUCUGAUCACUGUUAAACUGCUUCCAUGAAGAUGGAAAAGGUCUCAGGAGAGAAGCUCAAAGCUGGAGGUAUAAACAUGAAGCUGUUGCACUGAAGCAGCUGCAUGGGAACGAGCACUCAGAAUUUUGGAGUAUGUGGGGAAGGCUGCACUGGUCUCAUUACAAUUGUUGGUGCGGGCAGAGAUUGUGUUUAGAGGGUUCAUCAUGUGUUUGGUGCUUAAAUAAAUGAGCCCCUAAGAAAGUUGUGAGUCCUGAGAUACCGAGCAUCAGGACCAGUAGUUGUCACUUGCUGGCAUUAAAGGUGGUGGGUUCAGGAUCUUGUUACAGAGGCCGACCUUGAAAUGCUUUCAUAGGAACUUCAGUGUGCAUCUAAGUGUCUGUUUUUGUCCAAACCUGGCACAGGAUGAUACUUUUCCAAAGCAGAAAGAGCAUUUCCAUCUGAAGUAUGCCAGAGCCAUUCCGAAUGUCUUUGGCACAUUAAAUGUAUUGAUGCUUUGAUCACACAUUAAUGUGAAGUCAGAAUCCUCUUGGCCUGAAAGGGAGCUCAUCAAGAAGCUCUAUCUCCCUCUCCCUCAUGAGCUUUUCUUUUGCUGGUGGUUUCCAGGCUCAUAGUUCAUCCUCCACCAUAACUCUUGCACCUGCUGUUCAAUACAAAAGUUAGCAUAAUAAAUGUUUAUGUUGCUUACUUGAAACAUUUGUAUGCAAGCAGGUUUUUUGGUGAGGGGUUUUGUUGUUGGGGGUUUUUUUGAUGAGGCUUUUUUUUUUUUUUUUUUUUGGUUUUUUUUUGUAAAUAUAUCAUAGAAGGGUUAGGGUUGGAAGGGCCACAAAGAUCAUCCACCUCCAGCCCCCUGCCAUGGAUGGGAACUCCUUCCACUAGAAUAAGCCGUUGUGGGUUUAAAAUACAGAAGUAGCAAGCAACAGAAUGCUUGCAUAAAAGUGAGGGAACAGUCAUGGUGAUUUGGUGUGACUGACAGUGCUGUUAAUCUGCUUGGCCUGUCAAUUGGGAGGUAAGCUCCUUUCAAGUGUUUGUCUCCUUAGGAAUUCCCCUCUGCUUAACCAGUGAUAAAGAGAUGAUGGUCCAUUUAACCAUAAAGGCUUCUCUACCAGCUGCCUCUAUAUUUAUUAGCACAGAUUCUAUAACAUGAGAAUAAUUUAUAGUACAAUGCCAUAUCUGAUUACAGAAGUGUUUUGUGAUAUUUUCUGUUUCUUGUGAGUUGUUUAAUAUGAGGUAGCCAUACAGAAAUGUUUGGGUGUGUGAAGUUAGUGAGGCAUUUAAUUAAAGUUGCAAGAGCCAAUGCACUCACAAAUGGAAUAUUGAACAUACCACUUAUUUCAUUCAUGGAACAAAAUUGCUUGUGGAUCUGAAGAUGAAAAGACUUGCAGAUGGGCAUCAUAACUGGUUUCUUGAGGCAUCAUAACUGGUCUACAGUUUGGGUUUAAUUUGUAAAUGUCCUAAUCUGGGGGUCUAUGUUUUAGCUAGUCUAAUAAAGCAAAUCCUUCUAGAAAAUCCA